AUGUCGCCAACCAACAGCGAACGAUCGAGCGCGAUCGCGUCCGUCCGGCUGCUGGUGAUCUGUUUCCUAGCGGGACAGGUCGCCGCCCUACAGGGCUACUACGGCACGAAGAUCGGUGAUCUUUCUGAGCUGCAUCAUGCCGUGUCUGGAUCGGUGUACGCCGUUGACGCGAGGACGAUCUUCUUGAAGAACUUCAACUACGACGGUGAAGGUCCAGCGGCCUACUUCUACGUGGGCAACACACGAGCCCCCAGCAAUAAGGGUGCCCACCGGUUGCGGGAUGAACGUGGCCGGGCUGGGGUCCUGCGACGAUAUCGUGGUGAGGACAUUACGCUGUCAUUGCCGGAGGGCAAGACCCUGCGAGAUAUUCGCUGGUUCUCGGUGUGGUGCGAUGACUUUUCGGUAAACUUUGGUGACGUGCAGAUCCGGAACGAUCUCGACUUUCCACGCCCGACGAAGAUCGCUGGUUUGAGUGGUGUGCAUGAUGUUGCCUCGGAUAAUAUCGUGAUUGUGGAUGCGCAGACGUUGCUCAUACCGAACUUUAGCUACGAUGGAGAAGCACCCGAUGCCAAGUUUUGGGUGGGCCGUGGUGCCGCUCCAACCUCGCAGGGCAUCCGCAUCCCGGACGAAAACGGCAAGGAAACGCCACUGCGCCGGUACGACAAGAAAACGAUCGUCCUGACGCUGCCAGGUGACCUGACCGUGUUCGACAUUGGCCACUUUGGCGUGUGGUGUGAAGCGUUCACCGUCGAUUUCGGACACGUACGCAUCCCGGACCAGAUCAACGUGCCACCAUCGCUGAAGAUGCUCGGGAUCAGCCCGCAGUCGAAGCUAAACUGUGAGGUCCUGCUGGAUGAGCUGGCGUUUGAGGUGCGAUGGGCCGUCGCUGGAGAGAGUGUCGUCGUACAGCUGGUCGCCAAGUUGGAUGAUGGCGAGUACAUGUCGUUCGGUGUGUCACCCAAUCCACAACAGAGCCAGAUGGUGGGCGCAGAUGUUGCAGUUGUUUGGGUGGACAAAGCCACCGGCAAGGGAUACGCACAGGACUACUAUCUCGACGCGAAAUCGCAGUGCUCAGGAGGCCGAGGAAGUUGUCCGGAUACGCGCAUUACCGAGAGUAGCAACUCGAUCCGGCUGUUGAACGCAGCCAUGGUGAAUGGAUACUCGAUCGUGACGUAUCAGCGGCCUCUACGUGCUUCGGAUCAUCUCGAUCUGCCGGUGUACACGAAUGCGUCACAGGCGAUCGUUUGGGCCGUUGGUCCACUCAACCAACGCUAUGAGGUGUCGUACCAUUCGCACUACUUGCGCGGUGAUAAGCUGGUCGACUUUGGCCGUCAGCCAUUCUGGAACUGUCCGACACCGGAAUCUGACCAAAAACAACCCGAACAACCUCAGAAGUUGUCGUCGUCGUCGGGAGCGUACGGUGGAGGUAAUAGGCGCGAGGACACCGGCAACAGCGUCCAGCAACAACCACAGCGGCCACAUCAGCCAGCAACGGCGAGACCUCCGGCAAAACCUGGUGCGUGGGAUAUUCCUCCAAUCCAGUGUGACGAACCGGAUGAUGGUGUGUUCUACGCGCAGAUGGGUCCAACUGGUGGCAAACAGGGUUAUCCAGCUAUUACAGGUCACGUCGGAUGGGGUUUGUCCUGGUACAUCAAUGGGCUGCUUAUUCCGGAGAUCAAUGUGGUGCGCGGCAAGACGUACACGUUCGUGGUCGAAGGUGGUCAUGAUCCGAACGUUCCGGCCAAGUAUCAUCCCUUCUACAUCACGGACGACUCUGUUGGUGGGUACGAGCAUCAGUCGGACGAAGAUCGCAAGAAUAUUCGCAUAUUCGCUGGAGUACACCGCAGCCGUAAUGGCAAGCUGCUACCGACGGGAGUAGGUCGGUUGUGUAACUGGACACCGAAUCUCGAUGGACCGCCGGCGGACGAGUACCCAUCAUUUGGAGCCUACCAGCGUAGUCUGUCGCUCAAAUGUGACGUAGGCGAACCUGGCAUCAUCACCUGGACGCCAGAUGCGGACACACCCGAUACGGUCUACUACCAGUGCUUCACGCACCGGUAUCUUGGGUGGCGUAUUAACGUACACGAUGCUUGUGAUGUGGCGCAACCGAGUGAGCUGGAUGAGGUGUUCGUUGAACCAAACGAAGGUAUCUCAGUGGAGGAGUCGAUCCGGCACGAAUCGAAGGUACUGCCGGCGGACAACUUCCUGCAACAGCACGAGAACUUCUUGCAGAAACACGAACAGGACCUGAUCAAGCACCACAAGAUGAACGCGGACGUGAAGCCGACAUUCGACAUCGAUUUGGAAGAGAACCCUGAGAUGACGCGCAUCAUCGAAGAUGGUAUUCGAGCGGCUGAAGAACUCGAGGAAAAGCUGCGUGCUAACCAGACGGUCGAGGGUGUCAAUCAGACUGUAUCCCAACAGCAACCGCAUCAGCACUCGCAUCAUCAUCACCAUCACCUGGAACACCUGCAUCCGGGUCAUCCAGGGUACUUGGUGGGUCCUGUAGGACAUCGACAUCCACCACCACCACCAUAUCCGGGAUCUGUCAAACCGAUCCUUUCAUCCUCGGGUCUACCGGUGUACCUGCGUCCUCCAAACAGUGGACCAAUGUUCCGCCCAGUUAAGCUACCCGUACGUCGUCCGAUCGGUAUCGAACGACGCCCAGUGACAAACGGUGUUAGUAGUCGACCAACGAGACCUUUUGUCAUUCCACAACCGUCGAUGAUCGUGAACCACUACCAGAAACCAGUCGCACCGCUUAUGCGCCCGUUCGUCUCGAAAGGCAAGAUGCCGAUCAAAGCGAUCGCACCGAUCCUGCUGCUUGGUGAACCGACCGAAAUCAAACCCUUCCGCAAGGGUCCAUCGGUGGAGAUGAUGGUAGCGAAACCUCCGAAACAAAUCGCACCCGUUACGUCCGAACAGCGACCGGUAGGUGGCGCUAGUGUCGCUUCCGGAUCUCCAGCAGGACCUCCAUUCGCGUUGCCCGAUAUGCCACCGCACCUGACGAUGAGCCUGAAGAAGAACGAACCAGGUCCGAUCACGUUGCCGGUUCGUCACACCAAACCCAUCAAGGAUGCGCCGGGAAAGCCGAUCGUGAAACCGAUCUUCAAGACGCCCUAUGAUGGAGGUGCUGAGUUUAAGGGCCCACUGAGUGCGUUGGCUGCGAAUCAUGGAUUCGAACCCAGCUCGGUUGUGGUUGAGAGUGGCUUCCGGCCAAUCUAUCGCCGUAAGGACGAUUACGAUCGUGAGUUUGAGGACAAUCGCGCACACGGGUUCCUGCGCCGUCAGGACGAUGACAUCGACGAAGCGAUCGAGAGUGACGCGCUCAUGAUCCACGGUCAGGACGAACCGGUACGGCAAGCGUUUGAGCCGAUGUUUAUUCCGUCUCCGCUUGACAGCAUGGCGAUGGCACACGUUAAACCGGCGGCGGCUGCAGGAUCGGCGUCCGCAGCGUCGACAGGAUCAUCAGGAUCAACGCGACGCAACGUCGAGAUCCUGCCAGACGAGACAGCCGACGUAGUGGGUGCUAGUGAACGUACUGAUCCAUUCUACCUUCCACCAAUUGGCAGCGAUGGUUCAUCCGUGGUCUCGUUCGACGGUAAAGCCGUCCUGGAUGUGUCGAUGUUAGACGGACCGACCGGAAGUGUCGCAGCAGCAGCGGCACACCAGAGUGAACCACUGCCCCCUGUUGGAUCAGGCUCUCGAGUAGAGCAGUUGUUGCGUGAAACGCCUCAAUACGGACCGAUCGCGGCUUAUCUCGCGCCUGACACGGCCGCCAUUUAUGGAACGCGUGGUUCAAGCCCAGUUCAGCCACCGGUGUCGGAAUACGCCAAUCCACUGCUUCCGGGUGGGAUUAACGCCCACGAGAGUGCUGAAUUGAAUGGAGUGGCUGGACCUGCUUCAGGAGCGAUCUCAACACGGCUCGCGAUCGUGAAACCGACCGCAAGUGAUCGCGACGAUCAGACGGCUGCGUACGAGGGCUCGGAAGAGGACGAAGAGGAGAUGGAGCGAAGUGGACGCAACAAGCGAUCACCUCAUCACCACCCGGAUCACCAGGGAGACAGCCACGACGAUGGUUGGCAGCCGAAAAUGGCGGCCGGUGGAGGCGCCCGAUGCUGGAGUAGCGCUGGAUUGGUGCUGCUGUGCAGCGUGAUCAUGAUCCGACGAACGGUGGGGUUAUAGAAGACGGUGGGGGAUCCGAGGGGUGCAGUAUUAUAGGAAGAAACGAGGAUUGAUGUGGAAGCCGAUAGGGGUAGCAUUUUACUUAAGCACGCAACGCGGAAGGAAGCGAAUGGGCGAACAGUGCCCGUUUUUUGGAAUUUAAGGACCUUUAGGAUGUGUCCGCGGUAGACGCGCUAGGUUAAGGACGCUCGUCUUUCGUCGACGUCGGAAGAGACUCGCGCGCGUGCAGGAUCUUUUCGUUGUGGGUUGUAAAUAAAGUUGAUAAUCG